UUUGAAAUCAAUAAAUACUUUAGUUUAUGUUUUAUUGCAAGGUCGUAGAGAUGCCGUGGUGCCUGAAUAAACCGGUGUGGUUAACCACCUACCGUCCAAUCAAUAUUCUGAAUUAAUUUCCUCCGGCCCGUCGCCUCCUCCCAUCAUCGCCAUCACCCACAAAUACAAUCUUCCUUUCACAUCAAUCCCACCCACUCCUCCCUUCAACUCAAGUUUAUUCUCUAAAUCAGUGGUCUGUAGACCCCACUUUCUAUCUCUAUAUAUCUUAUCCCUUUUCUCCGUCAAACCCGCCUUUCUGUCUUUUAAUUUUCUUUCAUUUGCCAAACUUUCCCCUUUUUUUCGAAGACAUUAAUCCAAUCGGAAACUAGACAAGAAAUUCUCACAAAUCUGAUUUUGAUCCUGUGCUACUGUUUACUCCCUACUUGAAAUGCUACAAGAAUUUGGCUGAAUUGAAGAAAGAAAUAGUUGAAGAGUGUAGAGAUGGUGGUGAGGAAAGUUGGCAAAUAUGAGGUUGGGAGGACGAUCGGUGAAGGAACCUUCGCGAAGGUCAAGUUUGCUCAGAAUACAGAGACUGGUGAAAGUGUUGCUAUGAAACUCCUCGAUCGAGCUACCAUAAUCAAGCACAAGAUGGUCGACCAGAUCAAGAGAGAGAUAUCAAUCAUGAAGCUGGUUAGACAUCCCAAUGUUGUUCGGCUGCAUGAGGUGCUAGCAAGCCGCACAAAAAUAUACAUCAUUUUGGAAUUUAUCACAGGGGGUGAGCUUUUUGAUAAAAUUGUCCACCAUGGACGCCUCAGUGAAGCAGAAUCUAGAAGAUUCUUUCAGCAGCUGAUUGAUGGUGUAGAGUAUUGCCAUAGUAAAGGAGUAUAUCACAGAGAUCUGAAGCCUGAAAAUCUUUUGUUAGAUUCCCAAGGAAAUUUAAAGAUUUCAGAUUUUGGACUCAGUGCAUUGCCUGCAGAGGGUGUCAGUAUCCUUCGAACAACCUGUGGAACUCCCAACUAUGUUGCACCAGAGGUACUGAGUCACAAAGGUUACAAUGGUGCUUUGGCUGAUGUAUGGUCAUGUGGGGUCAUCCUAUAUGUACUGAUGGCUGGAUACCUCCCAUUUGAUGAAAUGGAUCUCACCACAUUGUAUAAUAAGAUCGAUAAAGCUGAGUUUUCAUGCCCGUCAUUUUUCCCAGUAGGGGCAAAAUCGUUAAUUCAUCGGAUUUUAGAUCCAAAUCCUGACACUCGUAUUGGUAUUGAAGAAAUAAGGAAUGAUGAAUGGUUCAAAAAGAAUUAUGUCCCUGCUAGAGUUGUUGAGUAUGAAGAUGUUAAUCUGGAUGAUGUAAAUGCUGUUUUUGAUGACUCAGAGGAAGAGGGAGGUGGUGAUGAGCAACAAACAGAUGAAGAUGCAUGUCCUCUGUCUCUUAAUGCAUUCGAUAUGAUAAUCCUGUCUCAGGGAUUAAACCUGUCUUCCAUGUUUGACCGUGGUCAGGACCCUGUGACGCACAUAACUCGGUUUGUUUCUCAAAAACCCGCAAAGAUUGUGUUAUCAAGUAUGGAAGUUGUUGCUCAGUCAAUGGGUUUCAAGACACACAUUCGAAAUUACAAGAUGAGAGUAGAAGGGCUUUCUGCUAGUAAGAAGUCCCAUUUUUCUGUUAUCUUGGAAGUUUUUCAGGUGACCUCCAAUUUUGUGAUGGUUGACAUUCAGAAAGCAGCAGGAGAUGGUGCUGAAUACCUUAAGUUUUACAAGAAUUUCUAUCACCAAAACAAAGAGCAAACGCCGUUAGAUCCGUUGGAGAGGCCAGGCCAACACUGUUGUAGCUACACCCAUCUCUUUCUACCUCCAAAAGAAUGUAAAAGAUCAAUUCGUGGUUGAUUUACAUUUGUUGUAGACUUUGGUAAUUUUUUUUUUUUUUUUUUUUUCUUUUUACCUAGAG